UAAAGAGAGACGGAACACAAGCCAGGCUUUAUCCUUCUCUCUUGUCCUGCUCUCUCAGACCUCACAAGAGAAGCUCCCGUAGCCCACUAGCUCGCCCUCACUUCCCACAGUUUUUUCCCCCUUCAGACACAAAGUCCCGCCAGACGUGUCGAAUUCGAACAGAGGAUGGCCGCAUCCAUGUGGAGAAUGAAUGGGCUCUGCAGAAGCAUGACUGGAGUUCUGCUCCUCUGCGCUCUAUUGUUUAGCAGCGAGGUGAUGUGUCAAGACGAUUCUACACCAAACAUAGAAGCUUCUAAUGCUGGAACUGAUGCCCCAGCUGCUGUUUCCACUCUUAAUCCCGGCCCAACUGUCGUUCCCUCUGAUGGACCCAGUGGAGAUUCUGCAGGUUUUACUGUUGCUCCAGAAAAUGUCCCAACAAGCAGACACAAUGAUCAAGAUGGAGGUACCCUGGGGAACCCCAAGGAUCUUAACAUUUCACGGGUCAUCACAGACACACAUGUGCCAAAAAUUUCACCUGAAAUUGAGUGUGUUGGAGAGGGAGAAAUCCAUGAACAAAGUGCUGUUAAGGCUGAAGUAACAACAAAGGACUGUGAAGCAACAAAGCGCAUCUUUGAGGACAACCUAGCACAUUGGUGCAGCUCUGAAAAAUGUGAUCUGAAAAUCUUCCAAGAGAACAGCAAUGUCUUGAUGACCAGCAGUGAUGCUAAACUGUCUUCUUUGGCUGGAUCACUCAAAAGUGAAGCUUUGAAAGGCGAGUUGGGAUUGAAAAACGUUAACGUCCCACCAUCAUCAAACUCUUCUGUAUUUGUUGGAGUACUUGUCACUGGUCUUCUUGCUGCCCUCGGCAUGAUUGUGGGAUACUUCAAGUGUCAACGGAAGCCUGAAACUAAGGGAGAAAAACUGGCAGAGGAAGCCUUCCCAGUGGAUCAGGAGAAUCAGGGGAACACCCUUGCGUCUGAGGCCCCUCUGAACCCUCCUCCAGAAACUCAGGAGAAACCCAGUGUUAAUGGAGAGUCCCUGGAGGCGGUUAAGACCGAGACUUCUCCUCCCACCAACGGCCACUCCACUGCAAAGACGGCAGACACAGAGCUGUGAAAUUGCCCCACAACUGCUGCAGUCCAGGAACUUCCUCCUGCUAAUACAUUUAUCCACACAGAUGCAUACAUGCCCACACAAAGAAAUUUGGUAUCUUAUCCUGUUCAGCCAUAGAGGCCACAGCAAAAAAACCCAAAACAAAACAAAACAGCAGGGAUUAUAAUAACCUCUCUUAGAGCUACAGAGCUUUGCUGUGGUUCUUUUCCUCGUUGGCUGUUUGCCUCAACAAACAUUAGGAAAACUAGUCUGAUGAUGAUAAUAUUGGCAGAUAAAAAUAGUGCUGAUGAUGACGAAGACAGUCCCUGGGUUUUUGAUGGCAGUCAGACUGAGACCAACAAGAGGAGGUUGGCAGCUCUUCUUUUUAAAUUAAUCAUCACAAACUCUUAUGAAGACUGCAGCCAGUGACAUACUGCUGAAUCCAGCAGCCUAACACCUGUCAUCUGGCUUAAACUCGCUACAAUUCCUGCAACACAGCAUAAGCACAUGGAUAAAAAUGUCUUUAAUUUUUUUUUUUUUUUAAGCCAGAAAAGACAAAAAGAAGAGGAGCAAAGCAGGGCAAAUUUGCAAACUUGUCUGACAAAAUAAACCCACUGUACACGUUCAAAUGUUUGCUGCAUGUGAGUGUUAACAUUUACUAAGAUCUCCAUCGUCCAUAGGCUGUAUAUAUCAGUACAUGCAUCUAGGCUUUCAUUUUUCAUUUUGUACUUUGAUGACUUGAUAAAAGUGUAAAAGAUUUUGAGUGUGAACAUGAAUGUUAGCCAUUAAAACCUGUACAGUUUUAUGAAAUUAGUUGUCGUUUGAAUGAGCUGCAGUGGAAGAAGAAUCAAAGUUUCUUCCUUUUCUCUUGAAGAGGCUGAACCAUGAGGAAACUGUCAAAUCAUGUGAUCAGUCAAAAAGACAACAGACCAACUGAUGAUCACUCUCAGCUUUUUUUGUCAUGUUUGUCAGUGUUAUUCUCAUUUUAGUAUAUAACUGUGUUGCUUAUCCACUUGGUGUAGGAGUAUUUAUGCCUCAUAUGUCAGUUCAUAACCCAUGUUCUUAAAAGUAAACUUGUUUCAACUAAAUAAUGCUUGAUCUUCAUAAUACUCAAGGUUGUGACUGUUAUUUUUUAUUAUUGUUAUUAAUAUUUCUAUGGGUUUUUUUCUGUUUUCUUCUUUGGAAACGUUUUGUAACAUUUUGAAAAUACACUUCAAAUUUUGUAAUGUAAACAUUGAAAAAGCAAAUUCACAAAUGCUUGAAUUUUGUAAAAAUAAAUAAUCACAAUUUCUCCUC